AUGUUCUUUGUUCUUUUAUUGAACCUGGCUCUGGCUAACACUUGUGCUCAAAACCAAAACAUAUUUGCUUGCCCAAAUAGAAACACAGACACUAUGAUAAGCAACGCAGAUGAUUAUAGAUGGCAAACCCCACCCCGAGGAAGUGAAGACUGGAAAGAAGGGUAUCAAGGAUACUCUCAUGUAGUUGGGUAUGCUCGUGUUAAGUACACAUCUACCGCAAGAACAGCCGCAACUGUUACUGUUGUUCCAUCCGUGAAUCCAAAAUAUAACAUCAAAAAGAUCACAUACGAGUACAAUGGUGUUGCCUCAGACUCUGAAGUGUAUCAAGUCUCUAAAGAAACACUCCCAACAGAAGAUUUGAAGAUUAAAGUGAUUGUCCAUAUGGACAAUGGAGAGACUGAAUACAUCAACUUGGAGCCACUCGAUUUCGUCUGGAGUAUUCCAGCCGCCAAUUUACCAUCUAACUAUCAAAAAGGACAGAAGGGGGGUAUCGUUGAGAUGUUUGGAUGGCCAUUUGAAGACAUUGGAAAGGAGUGUGAAUUCAUGGGCAAGGCGGGGUGGCUUGGAGUCAAGGUUUUCCCACCACAAGAUUCAGUCAUUUCCUUUGACCAACCACAAGAUGGAUAUUUGAAUCCGUGGUAUUGGGUCUAUCAACCCGUCGCUUACACUUUAAAUUCACGUAUGGGGACUCGUGCACAAUACAGAGAGAUGGUCAGAAAUUGUCGUAAGAAUAACGUCUUAGUGUACAAUGAUAUGGUAGUGAAUCACAUGUCUGGUGGAGGAAAUGAUAUUCUUAACAACCAUUGUAAUGGCAAUGAUUUCUGGGCUGGUAAAGAUUCCAAUACACAUGCACCAUACUUCACACAUUCCAUGACUUAUGGUAACGACAAAUACACCGGUAAAAUGAACGCUCCUGAAUUCCCAGGUGCAUCAUAUGGCCCAAGCAAUUUCCAUUGUGACAAAGCUUGUGACUCAUGGGCGGACGGUUUCAUUUUGAACAGUGGGUGGUUAGUCGGACUCUCUGAUUUGGCUGUUGAACAAGAGUAUGUCAGAGACAGAAUAGCGACUUGGAUAGUCGAGAACUUAGGAGCUGGAGCUUCUGGUAUUCGAAUAGAUGCUGCCAAACACAUUUCCCCAGACAACUUGGCUGCAGUAUUUGGUAAAGUGAAAGAGUAUAUGGGUGGUGCGUUACCAGAUGAUUUUAUGGCAUACUUAGAAGUACUUAUUGGAGGGGAGUCUCAAUUGUUAUUAUGUGUAUAUAAUGACUACCAAUACACCACUUACUUAACCGAACAAUUGAAGGCAAAUGGGUUGAGUGAGAGUGACAUAGCCAAAGUGAAAUUGUGGAUGUCGUGGUUCCCAAUGGAAGUCGGGAAAUGCGACGGUAGAGAAUUGGUGCCAUGGGAGAGACUUGUUAUUGAGAACGAUGACCACGACCAACAGAAUCCGGGAAGCACAUCACGUAACAUGUACGAGCACGGUUCGGUCUUAGUCAAAGACAAGAAUGUCGAGUCACACAGAAACUUUGAAAUCUCGUUGUUCUCAAGAACCGACCAAAACUGGACACACAGACUCUUGUUGUCUUCUUACACACAAAUUCAAAGCACAAAUGGAAACGAUGGAUUCCCUGAUGGACUUUCAGACUGUUCAUUGUGUACUGGUAACUAUUGUAAUAACUGCAAAUCAAUUCCAAAGAGACAAGCCUAUGUCGCUGAUGCACCUGGGUAUUCAGUUGAAGGUUUCAGAGGAAGCGAUUAUACCAGAACACAUAGAGACACUGCAGUUAUCAAUGCCAUGAGAGGAUGGAUGGGUCUUGGUGCCAUUUCAGCCAAGGAGCUUGGCAUUAAAGAGGACAAUUGA